AUGCGUGGAUGCCUGUCCCAUGAGCGAAGGCUCAAUAUUUCGAUGGCUCCACCAGCCGCACCCUGCCACGCCCCGGCCCUUGCGCGGAAAUCUGGAGUUUCAGUGCUUCUCCUUCCAGACUGCUCCCACUGUCACUUUCCAGCCCGUCAGGGUGGUCUCAAACCUUGGCGUACUCCCUCCCAUCAACAGCAACAGGCCCCGCUUGAUCUCGACACCUCUGGCUGUGUGCAGGGAGAUCUUGUUUACAGACAGCCUAGUUACGUGGCUUCUCCUUCUUGCCACGGAACAGGGCCAGCAGGGACACACCAGCCACCUUCACCACCUGCAAGGAUGGCCAUGGAGGGAGCUGAUGAGCAGUCUGGCAAUCGCGCGGUGGGCCCCUGGUGGAGACACACCGUCUGCGCCGCCAGCAUGCAAACGACGAGGCACGAAGAGGUCCUGCGCGGCACACCCACCGCAAGCCACUCCUACUCCCACCACAAACCUUGA